AUGACGCACGUACUCGUCCAGCCUCAGCACCAAGCCACCUUUGCGUCUCCUCCACCAAACGGUAGCCUUCCAUAUCCCAGCUACACGCCCUAUCCCAGCAGAACAGCAACUCCAUCCAUCGCUCAAGCACUCGCACAAACAGCCAGUUCGUCUUCAUCCAGUAACAACACUCUUCCCUCUGCCCACUCGUUCGGCACGAGCUCACUGUCUCGUUGGAAAUCGUGGAGAUCGAGUAAUAGCAGUAAGAGCAAGAACAAGUACCAUAAUAACAUUGCGAGUAGUGUCGGUCACACACCCCGACUACCCAGAAGAAGAAGCCAAACUGCACCUUGGAAGACACCAGCCACUCCAUCCGCACCACCACCUUAUCGGCACGGCGACACCAUCAUCAACAUCAACAGAGAUACAGACGGCAGUAAUAAGAUGGCGUACUAUGGAUAUUACCAGCAACAAGCUCCCAACUGGGCUACGGCGCAGUACGAGCCGAUCGCGCCACCCAUGACUUAUCAUCCAACCCCAAACUACGACGGUCUUGCCAUUCUCGACUGCUUCUACCUACCCCACGUUGCACCGCACUCUGUUCAGAGAGACGCCAGUGAUCGAGGAACGGUUGACUUCCUCAGUCAGCGCCAGCCCUACCAUAGUCCCAGCACCUCCUAUCGCUCCUCUAUCUCUAAUAUAUUCACCGA